AUGAAUGAAACAGAUGAUGACGAGGGUAUCUCAUUGAACGACGAGCUCUACGGCAACAACACCAACACGACUGCCGUUGCGCUUGCCAAUCCAGAAGCCACUUGGUCGUUUGCAGGCUUGGGAGAAGAUGAUAACACUACAUCUGUCAACACGCCUGCCGACUCGGACCGCCCAGACGUUGGCUCUGACAUUGAGGAUCGGUUCAUGGAUCUGGACGAGUCUCUCCCACCAUUGAUUGACGACGAGACAAUGACUACGGAAGGCCAAGUGCAGUUCGAUGGAGAAUCCUCCGGUGCAAACCGAGACGGGUAG